GGGAGAAGCCUCGGGGAUUACGAAAAAACAGAAGAAAAAGAAGAAGAAAAAAGACAAGACAGAGCCCUUGGGUGAUUCAGAUGAGCAGGAUCUACUUAACAAUGCACCGCCUCCGGUGAACAUGGCAAAGUUGAAGGAAAUUCAGAAAGCUGUAGAAAUGUUCAGUCUACACCAGGGAGCAGCGAAAACACUAGAAGAAGCGACCCGGAAACACUAUGCAUUUUGGAGCACACAACCUGUUCCUCAGCUAGAAGAGAAGAUCACUGAGCAGACAAACUGCCCAAUCGAACAGGCAAAGUCGACUGCGGAAAUCCGCAAGGAGCAGUUCUCGCUUCCACAGGAUUUUCAGUGGGACACACUAGAUAUUAACGAACCACUGGUGCUCAAGGAGUUGUAUCAGCUCCUUAAUGAGAAUUACGUAGAAGACGAUGACAACAUGUUCCGAUUUGACUACUCACCAGAAUUUUUGAAAUGGGCUCUUCAACCGCCCGGCUGGCUCAAGCAGUGGCACUGCGGCGUACGCGUGGCAAAGAGCGGCAAGCUGGUGGGCUUCAUCAGUGCUGUGCCAGCCAACAUCCGCAUCUACGACGCACCUCAGAGGAUGGUGGAGAUAAACUUCCUGUGUGUUCACAAGAAGCUCCGGAGCAAGAGAGUGGCGCCAGUGCUUAUUCGCGAGAUCACGCGUCGCGUCAACCUGGAGGGAAUCUUCCAGGCUGUCUACACGGCAGGAGUGGUCCUGCCCAAACCUGUCGCGACCUGCAGGUAUUGGCAUCGCUUGCUGAACCCCAGGAAGUUGAUUGAAGUCAAGUUCUCGCACCUGAGCCGGAACAUGACGAUGCAACGCACCAUGAAAUUGUACAGACUACCCGAGUCGACAAAAACGAUUGGGUUUCGGCAGCUCUCGCCCACCGAUGUACCAGAGACGUACAAGCUGCUAAACAAGUAUUUGGAGAGGUUUGACCUGGCACCUGUAUUCAAUGAGGAGGAGUUUCGUCACUGGUUUAUUCCACAGCCAGGAAUUGUUGAUAGCUACAUAGUUGAGAGAGACGGCCAGAUCACAGACUUUGCGAGUUUCUACACCCUGCCGUCAACGGUCAUGCAUCACCCAGCGCACAAGCUGCUGCGCGCGGCAUACUCCUUCUAUAAUGUCAGCACGCGAACAUCGUGGGUUGACCUGAUGAACGACAUACUAGUCGUGGCAAAGCAGCACAACUUUGACGUAUUCAAUGCCCUUGAUCUCAUGGAGAAUAAGGAUUUCCUGGAGAAGUUGAAAUUUGGAAUCGGUGACGGAAAUCUUCAGUACUACUUGUACAACUGGAAAUGUGCCAGCAUGGCACCGAACCGGGUGGGACUGGUGCUUCAAUAGUGAUAGAGACUGCACCUAGCUAAUUAUUUUGCCAUGUUCGGUACUGGAUACUCACGAGAGGCUCCUAUUGUGGCAGCAAGCAUUGAUUACACACAAGUCAACAAAAUGCAUUGCAGAGCUCACUACCAGCAAUGCCAUCAGAAGUGUGCUUAUCAGGGUUGUCACUAGAUGGCAGCAGUAUUGUUUUAAGUGUAUGGGCUGGUGUUGAGAGCGAGGGUCAUCCGAUAUUUAUAUCAGUAAAUGUUUCCAGUUGUGAGUGUGUGAGUGACCUCUAUGGAUGCGAUUAUAUUUCUUUAAUUAUGCUUGUGUGAUUCUUUUACAUUGAGCAAUUUAAUGUCUGAGAUGACCAGAGCAGAAUGCAGAGCGCUCAAUACUAGUGUCAAUGCCAAAAUUUGUGGGUCUGAAAUUGAAAUGAUUGAAUAUCCUUUGGCUCAUCUCUCCUUCAGCAUAGCGCAUGUAUGACUAUGACCAAAAGGGUAAAGUAAUAUUUGUAUAGUAGAGUAUGUGUGGUGACAGCACUAUUCUAAAAUAAUGUAAAGGGCUGGAUUUCGAGGCACCUGGCUCAGUGACCUGCGGUGCUGGGCUCCCGAUUCUGUAUUGACAUUGCUCUACUUAGUGUGACGUGUUCGUCAUUCGUCUAUUGAAAGUGUAACAUCUUUUUUUGGCUGAUGGCUGCCAAACGUUUUAAUGUGUUUUAGGUUUUGGUGGACAGGGAAUGUUAUUUUUUCAUUUUGACUUACUCUAAAUGGAAUUAGAAGUCAUUUGCAUGCAGUAUUUCCAUGUAUUAGCCCUGCUAGAGUUUGUGUGUACUAUUUUUGGUGCAUAAGCCACAAAUUGUCCAAGUAACAUUUCUGUUAAUGUAGAUCUUGUCCGUGGUUAAUUGUGUGUGUGAGAGCUGCACUUUGUGCAUGUGACAGAAACGUUGUGUGUGUAUGAUCAUGCGCAUUGUAGGACUUGCGUCAUGGCUGGUUAUGAUGUCAAGUAUGAACGUUAAAGCAUUGAAAUGAAACAGGGUCCUUCUCAGCAAGUCAAGUUUCUGUUUCACGUACGAACUUGUUUGCGGAAUGUUUCAAGAUGAGAGACCCUUCCUUACAAAAUGCAUGCUUUCCUAGAGUAGCAUUGCUGUAUGUAUAUAGAUGUUGGAAUUCAACAUAUUGACUUAAGAACACAUGGAGAAUAUUGUGAUAUUUUACUGCAUACGUCUGUAAUAAUGAUAUGAAUAAGUUGCAUUUGUUGUCCCGUCACCGCUAAUUCAUAGUAGGGGGCAGAUCCAAUUUCGAUUGUAUAGUAGUGGGUGGCACUGAAUUUCGGUUGCUGUUCGAAUGGUAUAUGUUAGAAAACAGAUGAUUCAACUUCAUAUCUCAGUUGCCAAGACAAAAUUAUUUGUGCUAUAUGUUUUUGCAUAAUUUCAUGUGAUUUUACUAUCAGUUUAUUACAAGAUAGUGCAGUUGUAACCAAUAAGAACAAAAGUCUUUACAUGUGAUGAAUUCAUUAAACACAUUUGUUUUGUUAUUCAAUUGCGAUCGCUACAGUGUCCAACUUUCUUUCCUGUGUACGUGUGUGUAGGAAUGCUGGCACAGUCCCACGCCCUAUAAUUUUUGAUGCCACCAUUACCGUUACGAUACUAAGUCAUCGGUGUGAUUGGUUAGCAGCUGGUCGUGUUUUUAAUCGCUCAGUAUGCAGUAUUUUUACCCUAGUGUUUCAGUUAUUUCUAUUUGAAAGUCAAGCAUCAUGCAGAUGGCAAACUGCUCAGCAGAAUUUAUAUCAUUAUUCUCAAACAUAUAUAGGAACAAUUAAAAUAUUAACUGUCCAUUAAAAAGGAAGGACGUACGGAAAAUGGAUUAUUAUUACUUGUAGUGUGUUUCUACUGCAUAAUAAAUGCCAUACAAGUGGCAUAUAUUAUUGCCAAA